AUGUCACAUCACCAGAUCCACUACCACUGGAUUUGCUCACGUGAACAUGCCUUUGAUUUUGAUGCACAAACUGUCUUCGGAAAAGUGGUUAAACACUACAGCGAAUCCACAGCUGCAAAAAUCAGUUCUGGUACCACGUUGUCAUACCUGACCUCUGCGAAGUACGGCAGCUCCUGGACUGGAACCGCCGAAGGAUUUAUUUUGCAUUGGAAAAAUCAUCUUCGCAUUUACAACAACACAGUCCCGGCUACAGAGAAGUUGCCACCACAACUUUGCCUCAGCCUGCUCGAGUCCUCUGUACGCGACGUUUCAGAGCUUCGCCAAGUCAACACUACCGCGAAUCUAGAUUUAGCUAUAGGGGGGUCUCCCAUUAGCUAUGAAAACUACCUAAGUCUACUCCUUGCUGCCGCGACUUUGUAUGAUAAAGGAAACAAUUUUUCCAAUUCUCGUAGCCCAAAAUCCAAGCGUAGCCCCUUUGUUACUGAGACUACCUUUCCCGAUGAUGACUAUGGCGUCGAUUACGACAUUGAUUUGUCACCGUAUAUUCCUUGUGAGAUGUGGGACAAACUGUCUGACAAUGCAAAGGAGAUUCUCCGUGUUAUGUCUUCUCCUAAAGAAGGAAACGCCUCGGCCAACAGCAAACCUCCUUCUGAUGCGGAAUUUGACACGUUGCCCCACGUUGUACUUACUUCCGAUGUCGACUGGGACCCGUCCAUUAUCGACAACGAAAUUGACCUUGUCACAGAUUGGCAUGAUGCCGUCCAGGACCUUCCCAGUGACCCGUACGUUGAACCCCGUUUCAAUUCAACUGGUGAAUACAGACACAGGCACAUUGCGAACUUUGACAUUUUCUAG